AUGAUGGAGAGAGCGAGAGACGCAAUGACUGUGGACGGCCUGGAGUCACCGGACACCGCGGACUUCCACCAGUCCCAUUUGAAGGAACUUCUAGGACUGGUGCUGGAGCUGGAGGAUAUUGUGGCGUCGAAGAUCGCAUGCGUGGAGAUGACUAAGGCGUUCUUCAAGUUCGUUCUGGUUCCGCUCAAGCUGGCGGCUCCAGUGGCGCGGAUGUUGUUGGACAAGAAGCCGAAGUUGUUGUUGGCGUUCGCAGCAAAGGCAUUGCUCAUGAAUGCUUCAGGGGGCAAAGCCUUUGGCGACGACGGAAUGAAGAAGUUGAUGCUGUUGGCGCUCGUCGCACCGAAAGCUCUUGAUGUGUUGAGGACGAAUCCGGCAGGCGAUUUGCUGCCUCUCCUCAAACUUCUUCCCCUUCUAGGGGGAGCCAAGUUGGACAAGCUGUUGCCGAUCGCGCUGCUCGCCAUGGCUGCCUUCGAUGCUCCGGAGGUGGCUGCGUUGCUCAAGAGUGUCGUUAGCAAGAAGCUGGUUUCCGGCGGCUACGGCGUGAAGGCGACGGCAGUGGAAACGUCUGACGAGGAAAUGUCGGUGGUGGACUAUUUGGUUGACUCCUGGGCGGUCGCGGACGGACAGUUCGAAGACGAAAUGACAGUUUCGAGGGCGGCAACGGAAGCAAAGGAAGCCAAGUGCAUUUGUCGACGCGAUAUUGGCCCCGGCCGGCUCCUCGUCGAGGUCGCGCCCAUGAUGGAGAGAGCGAGAGACGCAAUGACUGUGGACGGCCUGGAGUCACCGGACACCGCGGACUUCCACCAGUCCCAUUUGAAGGAACUUCUAGGACUGGUGCUGGAGCUGGAGGAUAUUGUGGCGUCGAAGAUCGCAUGCGUGGAGAUGACUAAGGCGUUCUUCAAGUUCGUUCUGGUUCCGCUCAAGCUGGCGGCUCCAGUGGCGCGGAUGUUGGGCAAAGCCUUUGGCGACGACGGAAUGAAGAAGUUGAUGCUGUUGGCGCUCGUCGCACCGAAAGCUCUUGAUGUGUUGAGGACGAAUCCGGCAGGCGAUUUGCUGCCUCUCCUCAAACUUCUUCCCCUUCUAGGGGGAGCCAAGUUGGACAAGCUGUUGCCGAUCGCGCUGCUCGCCAUGGCUGCCUUCGAUGCUCCGGAGGUGGCUGCGUUGCUCAAGAGUGUCGUUAGCAAGAAGCUGGUUUCCGGCGGCUACGGCGUGAAGGCGACGGCAGUGGAAACGUCUGACGAGGAAAUGUCGGUGGUGGACUAUUUGGUUGACUCCUGGGCGGUCGCGGACGGACAGUUCGAAGACGAAAUGACAGUUUCGAGGGCGGCAACGGAAGCAAAGGAAGCCAAGUCGGCAGUAAAAUCUAUCUCGAGGGACGUUGCAGCGUGGACAGGUGCGGACGCCGAGAGUGGGGACUCUGCAGGUGCAUUUGUCGACGCGAUAUUGGCCCCGGCCGGCCUCCUCGUCGAGGUCGCGCCCAUGAUGGAGAGAGCGAGAGACGCAAUGACUGUGGACGGCCUGGAGUCACCGGACACCGCGGACUUCCACCAGUCCCAUUUGAAGGAACUUCUAGGACUGGUGCUGGAGCUGGAGGAUAUUGUGGCGUCGAAGAUCGCAUGCGUGGAGAUGACUAAGGCGUUCUUCAAGUUCGUUCUGGUUCCGCUCAAGCUGGCGGCUCCAGUGGCGCGGAUGUUGUUGGACAAGAAGCCGAAGUUGUUGUUGGCGUUCGCAGCAAAGGCAUUGCUCAUGAAUGCUUCAGGGGGCAAAGCCUUUGGCGACGACGGAAUGAAGAAGUUGAUGCUGUUGGCGCUCGUCGCACCGAAAGCUCUUGAUGUGUUGAGGACGAAUCCGGCAGGCGAUUUGCUGCCUCUCCUCAAACUUUCUUCCCCUUCUAGGGGGAGCCAAGUUGGACAAGCUGUUGCCGAUCGCGCUGCUCGCCAUGGCUGCCUUCGAUGCUCCGGAGGUGGCUGCGUUGCUCAAGAGUGUCGUUAG